GUCAGCAUCUGGUCUGUGACCUUGCUGUAUGCUAUGUUAGUGUCGUAUGACGGGCUGCCCAAGGCAGCACGAGCAAUCGCCGUCUUUAUCUCCAUCCUCGUCUCCUCAUCUGCAUCUGUGCUGCGCUUGUCGAGAGCGGGUCGGCCUGCAAAUGCAGCCAAUGCAGCCUCUUUCAUCCCCUGCCCGCCCCUGCGGUCUCUGCUGCCAUCGCUUUCACCGUCCUCGUGCCAGCGGCUUUCAUCGCGGCGGACCGCCCGCAUGCUCUUCAACCUCUUCCAACAGCCGAAGCGGACGCGGAAAGAGAUGUUCUGGGAACGGGUCGAACAGGUGACAAACAAGGCCAGCCCUGCACAGAGCAUAUGGAUAUCACGCCAGCCAAUCCGCACCUUCUUUCCAUGUGUUUGUUGGCGAUGAAUGCCAGACUUUGCGCAGCAGGUAUCGCUUCCGCGAGAUCCGGCGGAUCUAUGACUUCAUUGACUACUGCAACGGCAACCUGCAGCCCCCCGUCGCCGCCACACUCCACUGCCCAUCAGAGGAGUUUGUGCCGCGCCUCACCGCCCAACCAUGGUGGGACCCAGCUGACUUCCCGUGGACAGCUCAGCUCGAGCGGCAGUCGCCCGUCAUCCAAGAGGAGCUCAGGAGUGCCCUCGACCAGCCGCGCGAGUACCGAUUCGCGGCCAACUCUGCAAUGGCGCAGACGAUGGGCGCGGGGUGGUCUGCUUUUCGGCUGCAGCGGUUCGGCGAGUGGAUAGAGGACAACCGGCAGAAGUUCCCGCGCACCUCUGCGCUGCUCGCCGAUCUGGGCAUCCCUAUCGCCAUGAGGGGCGUCAUGAUUGCGCGACAGAGGGCCGGCAGCGGCGUGCAGCCACACUCAGACGGAAGGUGAGUAUGUGCAUCGCGCCAUACGCAAUUCUUCUCAGCCUCAUGUGUGUCGAUCUGUGUGUCGGUGUGGGGGCGUGGCGUGCAGGAAUUUCAUCCUGACGGCGCAUCUGGGUCUGCAGGUGCCUGAGGGCUGCUGGAUGCGUGUGGGUGAGGAGAGGCGUGAGUGGCGAGAGAACAAGGUGUGUGUGUUCGACACGUCCUUCGAGCACGAGACGGGCAACCCCACGCAGCACGGCCGCUUCGUCCUCAUCGUCGACUUCUGGCACCCCGAACUCAGCGAUGCGGAGCGCAAUGCGCUGGCCGACAUCUAUGCCAUCAGGAACGAGUUCGACAGGGAGGUGCUCGCCGCAGCUGAGCAGGAGCCCGUCAAUGGGCGGGCGAAUGGCAUCGAGCAGAAGGAGCAGCAACAGCCGACAGAGGGGGAGAGGGAGGGGGAGAAGACGCCUGCUGCCGUGGAGCGGCCUUAGGCCAGGCCGAGAGAGGGGGUGGGGGUGUGGUCGUGGGUUGGCGUGAGCCAUGUUGAUGUGUUGAUGGCGGGAUGCGGCACGUUUUGUGACUUGACGGAUUGAUUGACGAGUGGAGCCGGCCGCGUUUUUGCGUGUAAUGACUGACAUGCAUGUUGUGGUGUGUUGCCUUGGGUGUCGUAUGUGCGGUGCGAUCGAGGCGUGAGAUGCGAGCAGACAUGCAUACAGACUGAGAGUUUGAUUGCAAUCAAAGUCAUCGAACA